GAGUAGUUUAUGAUGAGCGUUAGAAAAAAGAAGGACCAAUCAUUGGCGUGGAAUUUAUCGUAAGGUAUCUACGCUUAAAAAGUCACCUUUGUACGUCGUGCUUGAAAGAAGUAUCAUUAGUUAGUAAAUAAACAUGUAUCAGAAUUCUCCACGUGAAAAAUAUUAUUUCUACAAUAGUUUGUCGAUACUAUUAAAAGCUCUCGAAAAUAAACAAACAACGAUAGACCUGAGAAACGAAGCAUCGGUUUAUGGUACCGUAGAACAUGUGGAUGCAUACAUGAAUGUCGUAAUGAAAGACUGUUUAUUUACGGAUCCAAGAGGCGAUGAAUUCCCCUUCGAGAUGUUCUUCGUUCAAGCAAGAAACAUACGAUUUGUGCAAAUACCACCAAAGGUACGGAUUAUACCAGCUAUCAAGGAUCAGUUGCAGCAAUUAAAUCAUUUCAAAAGCAAUAAGAAAGAUACAAAACGUACUUUUAAAGAAAAACGUGCCCAAUUAAAGCAACAAGAAGGAAUAUUAGCUGUACAAAAUAUGUUAGAAAACAAGAAAACAAUGGAACCUAAAAAUAGCAAAGAUGAAUAACUUAUAAUUAUUGGUAAUUCUAAUGAACACUUGAUGAAGUAUUUACAAUUUAUACAGCACAUAUAUUCUUUGAACACUAAAAAGAGUAUUAAAUUUUUGAAUAUGUUUCUAAUGUCAUAUAUUUUAUUUCAUAUAUAAAAAAUAUGGGAAAAAGAAGGUAAAAGUUUUGCAUUAUGCGAAUUUAAUAUUACAUAAGUUAUGUUGUAUGAAUUCAUGCAAGAAUAUACAAGGUGUAUAAUUAUACACAAAAGCAAUAUCAGUUCAUAACAUCCCAUAGAUAUUUAAGCUUACUACUUUUAAAAAAAUACACCAAAUAUAAUACUAUUAUCAAGUAAUUAAAUUCAUUUAUAUGAGGUUGUAUUUCCAUAUAUUGUAAUCACACAUAGAUAAAUUUUGUCUAUAGUUUAAAUAUUGGUAAAGUUGAUGUAUAAAUUACAUUAAUUAUAUAAAUGCUUGUAAAUAUGUGUGUAUUUUUUAUGUUAAAAUUAAUAACGUACAAUUUGUUACUAAUAACAGAAAUAUAUUAACACAGAAAUAGGCAAUGUCUCUUUUCUAACAUGUUUACAUAUUUUUGAUACAUUUAAAAAAGUAAUAAAGUUUAUAUUAAAUCUAUCUAAAAGAAGGCACUCUGAAUUAGUUCAUUAGAUUGGAAGAACCACCAGUUCAGCAAUAUUUGUUUGGCUAAUAAGUACAAAAAUAGUGAGAAGUCUUAAUGUAGUUAUUUAUAAAGAAGCUUGUGCCUUAUAAAUUGUCAUUAUAGUUUUUCAUAAUUAUCUUUCAUAUAAUAAUGUAAUAUUUUCGAAUUAAAUUGCGUGUAGUUCAUUCUCAAAUGUUUGUCUAAGAGAAAUUAUUAUAUAAUCAGGAUAAUAUAUUGUACAUUGUAUAGAUAUCAACCCAUAUUUUAAAAUUAUAUUCAAUACAUUCUCUAUAUAUUAUAAACAAUAUUAACUACCACAGUUGCAUGCAUAGUUUAUGUUAUGUCAGUCAUCACAGUUAUUUAUUUAAAUACUGCAAGUUCAUAGUUGAUGAUUAAUUAUUCAACUAUAUAUCAAUAUUUUAAUGUAAUAAAACAAAUAUAAAAAUAUAAGAUCACUAAGUAAUCAGAUCAUCUGUUCAAUCAAUAGGUAAAUGGGUAGUUGUAAUAUUAAGAAAUUUUUUUCAUCUAUAGAUCUUAAAAAACCGCGUAAUAUAAAAUUAUGAAUUUUCAUAAUAAUAAAUAAUAAAAUUAAUGAAUAUAAAAUGUUAUUUUCUUUCUAUAGCAAGGGCAAUGCCCAUGCCCCCACCAAUGCAUAAUGCUGCAAUGCCUUUUUUCCCUCCUAUUCUUUCUAAUGCAUGAAGUAAAGUUACUAAAACUCUAGCUCCUGCAAAAUAUAAAUUUAUAAUAUAAUACGGAGUACUUUAAUUGUUAUAGCUUGUGAUACAUACCAGAGGCUCCAAUAGGAUGACCUAAAGCAAUAGCGCCACCAUUGAUAUUAACUUUAUUAGGAUCCAAAUCAAGUUUUUUGAUGCAUGCCAGUGAUUGUGCAGCAAAUGCUUCAUUCAAUUCAUAAAGAUCUACCUCAUCUUUACUCCAUUUGGUUUUUUGUAACUAAAACACAUGAAUAUAAUACAUAUUGUAUUUGGUAAAUCAAAAAUAUAAAUUAUUAUUUUUAUUCA